GGGAGAAGGUAGAACCGCCAGGACACAACAGCAUCCUCAACCACGUGGUUCGUUACGCGAUAUGUGUUCUAGUGUUCAGUGGACCACUUCCUAGCGAAUUUUAUCAACACUCCUUUAUUUCUUUUAAAUAAGGAUGCUGCAAGGACUGUCCAGGCCCGAGCAGGGGCUCAUACCUCCUCAUCACCAGCCUUUGACUCAUCACGGCCUCGGCCACGCGACAUCCUGGACGACGUCAUCGCCGCCCGACGACCUCCCGCACAAAGGUCACAGUGGUGUGAACCAGUUAGGAGGGGUCUUUGUCAGUGGACGCCCCUUGCCGGACUCUACGAGGCAGAAGAUCGUGGAACUGGCACACUCCGGAGCACGGCCAUGCGACAUCUCGAGGAUCCUCCAGGUCUCCAACGGGUGCGUCUCUAAAAUCCUUGGAAGGUAUUACGAGACGGGAUCCAUCAGACCGCGGGCGAUUGGCGGAUCGAAGCCGAGGGUAGCGACGACGGAGGUCGUUUCCAGAAUUUCCCUCUACAAAAGGGAAUGCCCUUCAAUCUUCGCAUGGGAAAUCAGGGACAGGCUCUUGGCGGAAGGGGUCUGUACCAACGACAAUAUCCCCAGCGUAUCUUCAAUCAACCGAGUACUUAGGAACCUCGCCGCCCAAAAAGAAGUCCAGGUGCCUUGUGCCGUCUCCCCGAGCACGGAUAUCGUCUACGACAAACUGAGGAUACUCAACGGCCAGUCAACCUCGUGGCCCAGGCCGACCCACUGGUAUCCAAGCACAGGUGGAAGCCCCUUUUCAUCAAUUCAACCGACUAGCGUGAGCCCUUCAGUUCUGGCCGAUGUCACAGACCUACCCUCGUCAAAGAAAGUGGCGGAAUUAGACGGGGUUCCUUCCGAUGAGACGUGCACGUCAGCCGGCGACAAUUCCAAUCCCGGAUCUUGUGUCGGAGUGGAGGAAGACCAAGCUAGACUUCGUCUGAAAAGGAAACUUCAAAGAAACAGGACUUCUUUCACAAACGAACAAAUAGACAGCCUAGAAAAAGAAUUCGAGAGGACGCAUUAUCCGGAUGUCUUCGCUCGCGAGAGGUUGGCGGCGAAGAUCAGUUUACCCGAAGCGAGGAUUCAAGUUUGGUUUUCAAAUCGUCGGGCGAAGUGGCGAAGGGAGGAGAAGCUGAGAAACCAAAGGCGAGGAGGAGAGCAAACCGUAUCCACAGAAGGACCCGCGUCCCCGGCUCGUCUUUCCAAUUACACCCCCAACCCGAUGUACCACCCGUCCAUCCCGACGCCGAUAUCAAUGAACGAUUCAUACAGCUCGAUGUCAGGCUUCAGUAUGGUGAGCAGCGGAGGCAUGAGCCCGACUGGAGGGCCGGCCGCCUGCUUGCAGCAAAGGAGCGAGUAUUGCAUGGGAAGAAACUACGAUCCGAUCUCAUUACCGUCUUAUCCUGGGCAUAGGCAUUCACCGUGCAGCCCAAGCCAAGCUCCAUACCAAUCGCAGUAUUCAGCAAACACAGUUUCAUCCACAGGACUGAUUUCUCCUGGCGUUUCUGUGCCGAUCGCCGUCCCUGGCCAAAGUCCCGAGAUGGCCUCGCAAUACUGGCCUCGUCUUCAGUGACCAUGGUGGCCAUAAAUCAGUUCAGUCAAGUUUUCACGUUUAUCGACAAACUAACUCGUUUUGUGUUAGCUGUCGAAAAAUCAGAAACCGUCUUCGCUGGUUUUUAAUUUUCAAAACGAUAACAUUGCAGUAUGUGAACAAUUUAUAUGUCGUUACAAGUGUAUUUGCUCAAACUGAUGAACACGUGGAACAAACUGAUUUGUUCUCAACAAUGCUACGUUUCUUGCUCAGUUCACCCGACACUUAGGCGACUGGUGUUUGUAUUAUUAUCGUUCCAUCAUAUCACAGAUGUAUUUUCCUGACAUUUGAGAUGUUACCGUAAUAAAUAAAAAUAAUUAAAGAUUCGAAUCUCAUCCGCGUUAUACGCAGAUUAUUGUUUCCAACUUUCAAUGCAUUGUCGGAAUAGGAGAUCCCUAUACAAUUGUCGAGUCAGGAGGCUUUCACCGUACUGAUUAUGAGUCGAACGGGCGUUUCAAAAAAAGAAUUUUCCACAUUUUUAAAAUAAGUGAUUGGAAAAUUUCAUUCUCGCCAGUUUGAAAUUUGUUUUCUGGUCAUUAAUGUAAAAAUAAAUAAGGACCUUUCGACAAAGAGUUUAUAUGUAAAAAAAAAACUGCAUCCCAGGUUUAGCCCAAUUCAGAGGAAAUAAUUUUUUUUCUCUUUUAUGCAAUAAAUGUUCUCUUCCAUAAAUUAGUAUCUAGUCUUUAUUAUUGCAGUUUAAAAGAAACGAUUAUAUUACACAAAUGAAUAAUGCAUUCCUAGAUAAUAUUCUCUAAUUUUACUAAUCUUAAAUCAUUAUUUUACGAAUUUAGUUGUUUUAAUUGAUGUAAAAUAUUGAAGUAAUUGUAAAUAUUUAUGUAUUCCGUUACCAAAGUAUUUUUUUCUCUAAUUUAUUGUGAAAAUCUGCUUGGAAUAUAACACUACUUUUUACACGAUUCUCCUGUAAAACUGUUGUUAUAACAAUAUAAUUAGUUAUUUUCGGUAGCCGGUAGUUAGCUACUAUCUGUGUAUAUAAAAACCUUUACAUAGGUUACUGAUGACAUAGACGUUUUUGUGUAUCUGUAUUAAUGUAUUCUUGCACUCGACGAUAUUUUAAAUUUGCCAGUUCAAGAAAUGUUGCCGACUCCUCUUUUCUGUAAUAUCGUAAUAGGAAAAUAUAGAUUAAGUAAGUUUUUAUUUAAAAAAGGCCAAUUUUAAUGCACAGAUUAAAUAUGGGACUCGGUGAAAUUGGAACCCGAAAAGGAAGAAGUUCACCCGGUUCAAACUUCACUAAAUAAUAAGUGUUUUGAUUUUCAAACUGUAAUUGAGAAAUCAGUUCGGUUUCCUGAGUCAUAAGGUUAACCUUACAAUUAGUACUGAUUAUCUAUGGGCAUGUAAAAAAAUAAAACAAUUGUAAAGUUAUAUAAGAAAAAAAUCAUUGUGAAAAUGUAUAUUGAAAUGGGAAAGUAGAGUGGCAAAUUAUAAAUUGUACACGAAAUAUUUAAUUAAACCAUAUGACCAUAAAUGUUAAUUUCUAAUGGCAUGUGUAAUGAAAAAUAUGUAUAUAGAUUCAUAUGUUAUUUAAAGCUAUGUGUGUAUUUAUUAAUA